AUGCCGAAGGAAGGAAAAGAUGCGUCGUUGCCGUGGUGCCAAAGCCUCAGCUUGCUGUUCGGCCUCCUGUUGCUGUACUCCUGUUUUGCUAUUUCUGCCGGCCAACAGCAGCAGACGUCAGCCGCCGUCUCUCCACUGACGCCGCACGGAAUUCCAGCUCCUCAGUCGUUAACGCUCAAGCUUCCCGAAAGAUUCUAUACGGAACUGAACACAGAAGAAGUUCGCAUCGACUACAAACCAAACGUUGGCCAGCCCAGAGCGAAUUUCACGAUAGGCGUCAAUGAAGCGAUCACAGGUUACACCAUACAGAAUGUACUGCCGGGCUCCGAGUACACUUUCUCCUUCUUCGAUGGGACGAUCUUGAUAUAUAACGAAACUCAGGAUUCGGAACCUGAGGUUCCUUUCAAUCUCAGCGUCGUGCAAACGGAGUCGGAUAAGGCAGCAACAAUCUACUACGAUCCGCCGGCAAAUGGAGGUCACACAGGAUUUAGGCUCACGACUGCACCGGAGUGCAGCACAGACGAAGGCGGGGUCCGGACCCAGCAUCUUCCAGCAGUCACCGCAGCUUCUCCGGAAAGUCCCGGGAAGAGUGAAAGGAUGACCACAGUUCGGGAUCUCACUCCGGGCUGUACUUAUGAAGCUCAGCUAUACUCAGUAUUCAAGGAGAAGGAGAGUUCCCAGUUUCUGUCGUUCAAUUUCACCACGAAGCCCAACGCUCCUGGCCGUUUCAUCGUGUGGUUCCGAAACGAGACGACGCUCCUUGUCCUCUGGCAACCUCCCUAUCCGAGCGGGGUGUUUGACAAGUACAAGGUUUCCAUCUACCCGCAGGACUCUCCGCAAAGUGUUCUGUUUGUAGAGAAAGACAACGAUCCACCAGGUCCAGCUCAAGCCGCUUUUUACGGCCUAGUGCCUGGAAGAGCUUACAACAUUUCUGUACAGACGUUGUCGCGUGACGUGGUCUCACAACCAACAGAUGCUCAGUACAGAACAGUGCCUUUGCCGCCGACGAAUGUUACCUUCGACCUGAAUAAGGUGACGACGCGAUCGUUCGACGUCAGCUGGUCGCCCCCGAAAUCCUUCUCGGAGUUCGAUCGCUAUCAAGUGGCCCUGAGCGCGAGACACUCAUUGAGGCAAGUUGUGGGCAAGGAUGAGGAGCGUCGGGCAAGAUUCGACGAGGACAUCAAAGCUGGAGAGAGCUACGAAGUUCUUGUCAAGACGGUAUCGGGGAACGUCGUCUCUUGGUCGGUCACCGGGAACAUCACAACUCGUCCGCUGCCCGUCGCCGCUAUCAAUGCGACAGCGAAAGAAUCCGGCGAGAUCUACCUAGAAUGGAGUCCGGCACGCAACUCGACCCAGGACAGUUUCAAAGUCCGGUAUAACGAACUGGAAAAUUAUCAGAGCGACAAUGUUCAGACCGUAACGAAUACGUCAUUCCUGCUGCACGAUCUGUUCCGCGGUCGGAACUAUUCAUUAUCGGUGACUGCCGUCAGUAAAGGCAUGGAGAGCGAGCCGUUCACCGUCUACCAGGCUACACGUCCUUCGCCACCUGUUAUCGAGUCACUGGAACCACUCAGCGGUCCGGGAGGAUUCCUGAACAUAUCCUGGAAAUCCGACGUCACGAGCCGUCAGGAUUCCUUCGUGGUUGUGUACACUCGAAACGAUACACAGGAACAACGCCAGGAAACAACUAAACAGAAUUGGCUGGUCCUGAAGAAUCUGUAUCCUGGUGCCGGUUACAACAUCAAAGUUUCGGCCAUUUCUCACGGCCUCUGGUCCGAACCGCAUUCGUACUUCCACACUGUUGUGCCGCGUCCUCCGAACAACCUGCUCGUCACGAAGGCGUCGAACACCUCGAUGAUAUUGACCUGGAUCUCGCCGGUCAACUCGAUCGUCGACCAUUACAACGUAUUGAUUCGAGCUUCGUCCUCGGACACUUGGAAAGAUCUCGGAUUUGUGAACACGACAACGUUCGAGAUGAACGACUUGAUCGCCGGGGAGAAAUAUUCCGUGAAAGUGAAUGCUGUCAGCAACAAGGCCGAGAGCCAGAACUCUCCGGUCAUCGAGCAGACUAUGUAUCCGAACGCCAUCACGGACGUCAAGCACUCUGUGGACAGUAAAAAUGUUACGUUCAGUUGGCAGAGGCCGUCGGGACGCAUUGAUUACUACAUUGUUGUGUUCAAUCCAGUGAGAGAUCCUCUCGCACACAACUCUCACCAGUUCCCCGCCAACCAGACACUGGCGGGAGAACCGGUGUCAGUGACCAUUGAGAACCUGAAGCCCGGCGAGCUCUACAGCUUCCGCCUGUACUCCGUGAGUCAUUCGCUGCGGAGCGAGGGCGUGGGCGUCGAGACUCGGACGAUGCCCGUAAUCGAUUCCGUGAUAAACAUCGUUAUCGAUGAACACGCUACGAAAACCUUAGGCAUCAAAUAUACCCCAACGCCUAUCCGGAGUGUCGUUUUCGACCGCUACCGGUUCCAACUGCUUAGUUCGACCGGCGAUUUCCCCGUUCCGCCUGCACAGGAGAAACUAUCGAACGAUACGAACCGUCUGGUAGUUUUUGACAACCUGAUACCGGGUCAUCUGUACAACAUUUCGAUUUGGACGGUAUCCGGAGGAGUUUCCAGCAUCCCAAUUUACAGACACACCCGUUUAUAUCCUGAUCCCGUGAGGUCAAUCCGAGCUCUGACGGUUACCGACACGGAAAUCUCGUUGACUUGGGAACAUUCCGGAGAUGCCAUACCUGGGUCAGGAGACCGUGACGGUUACGAGGUCCAAUACCUCGACCAUCAGGGAUAUCUGGUGCACAACUUCACACUGAUCGAAUCGAUGACUUACGUUAACCUCAAACCCCACCAUAAUUACACGUUCGUAGUGGUGGUCGUCUCGGGCUAUGAGACUUCCACGGUCCGGAGGAGUUUGCCCAUGUCGCAAACAUUCCAGACUCUGGAGAGCGUUCCCGGGAAAGUUCACUAUUUCCGCCCGAUCGAUUUGCGACCGUCGCAGAUCACACUGGAGUGGUCGCUGCCAUCAUCGGAGCAGAACGGUGUCCUGACGGGAUACAAGAUCUCCUACUACCUCAAAGGAAGUGCCAAUAGCGAGCACAAGUACAAUAUUUUCGCACCGAACAUCACCAACGGUACGAUAGGCAAUCUGGUCCCCGGAAAAACCUACGUAUUCGAAAUCCAAGCCCAUACGAAGAUCGGGCCGGGCGGAAAAGCUCACUCUGAAGAAAUCAUGCCCAUCUGGGCUCCUCCGAAGCCGUCGGACAGCGUUUACCCAACGCUUGUCUCGCAUACAUCAACUUCGAUCAGAGUGCUGUUCCGGAAGAACUAUUUCCAGAACACGAACGGCCCGAUCUUGACCUACACGUUGAUCGUAGCCGAAGACGACAGUCUCACACCUUCACAAAACCCCAUGCCGUCGUGGAACGAUGUACAGGGCUUCACCUACUGGCCCCCCUAUCAAGUGAUGGAACCGUACUAUCCGUUCAACGGAACCAUCACCACCGAAGAUUUCAUCAUCGGCACCGAGGACUGCACUGACAAGACUAGACAACGGACGAGCGUUUAUUGCAACGGCCCACUGAAGCCCGGUAGUCAAUAUCGGAUCAAACUGCGCGCCUUCACAGGACCUGACAAGUACACCGAUACAACGUGGUCGUACGCCAUACAAACCGAUCCGGACAACUCAUCGCUGAUCGCCGGAAUCUUCAUUCCUCUGACAGUGCUCGUAUGCAUCACGCUGAUCCUUCUCGUUCUUAGGAAGAGGAAAAUGGGUCCCUUCAACCCUAAACCACCAUUGAAAGAUGAUCCCGCCACUCAUAGCGUCUUUUACAGACACGACCACGGCAUGAGCCUCCCCGAGAAUCCGGUUGAAAUAACGCGACCGGUGAAAUUGUCUCUGUUCGCCGAGCACUACCGACUGUUGAGUGCCGAUUCAGACUUCAGAUUCUCCGAGGAAUUUGAAAUGUUGAAACAUGUCGGUCGAGAUAGACCCUGCUCGGCGGCCGACCUGCCCGUGAACAGACCGAAGAAUCGCUUCACGAACAUCCUACCGUACGAUCACUCGCGAGUGAAACUGCUACCCACCGAUGACGAGGAGGGGUCUGAUUACAUCAAUGCAAACUACAUCCCGGGUUACAACUCGCCGAGAGAGUUCAUCGUGACGCAGGGUCCGCUACAUUCUACUCGGGAUGACUUCUGGAGAAUGGUCUGGGAGCAAAACUGCCGUGCCAUUGUCAUGUUGACGCGAUGUGUGGAGAAGGGGCGGGAGAAAUGCGACCAUUAUUGGCCUUUCGACAUGCAGCCUGUCUACUAUGGAGAUAUUCAGGUGACCAUCCUCACGGAGUCGCAGUACCCUGAUUGGACGAUCUCCGAGUUUAAAGUUUCUCGAGGGGAUCAGUCCAGGAUCGUGAGGCACUUCCACUUCACCACGUGGCCCGACUUCGGAGUCCCUGACCCGCCGCAAACACUUGUCAGAUUUGUCAGAACGUUCAGAGAAAGGGUAAUCCCGGACAACAAACCCAUCGUGGUCCACUGCUCGGCCGGCGUUGGACGUUCGGGUACCUUCAUCGCGUUGGACCGAAUCUUACAGUCGACGCGAAAACUGGACUUCGUUGACAUCUUCGGCAUCGUGUACGAGAUGCGGAAGGAUCGCGUCUGGAUGGUUCAGAACGAGCAGCAAUACAUUUGCAUAUAUCAGUGCCUAAUGUGCGUGCUAGAAGGCACGGAAGAAUUGCGCCUGCUUCAUGAGAGAGAAAUCCACGACAACAGCGCUUUCGAAGUCGCAAAACUGAAGGACGAUUCCGAUUCGGAUGAAACCAAAUCAACGGUGUUAAUCGUGGAUCCCGGGUGGGUGGAAUGGAUGCAGACUCUUAUCGUAGUCGAGUCCUUGCCCCAACGUCUCGAAGCUAUCCUCUACCCUCCCUGGAAACCCCAAAUACGUCCCGAAUUCCCAUCGAUCAGACCUGAGCGAACAUUUUGAUUUGUGUCAUCGGUUCCCUCCUCCCGAGUCCCGAAUCCGCCAAGCGAAAAGUUUCGCUACCCAUCCCGCGCUUGAUAAUCUCCCAGGAGAGAGGACGCGGAGAAUCCCACAGAGCAUGAUUGCACUACAGAUUCAUUCAUCAGCCUCUGUUCGAUUUUUCUCCUUCACUAUUCGCUCAGCUCACCGGAGAACUUUGCGAAUGAGUUUGCUAGUCUUAAUGAACACCU